ACCCAGUGCUGUUUCCUCACCGCAGAGGUUCCUGAGGUAACUGUGUUUCCCAAGUCUCCCGUGGAGCUGGGCCAGCCCAACACCCUCAUCUGUGCCGUGGACAACAUCUUCCCUCCUGUGAUCAACAUCUCGUGGCUGAGCAACGGGCACUCAGUCACGCAGGGUGUUUCUGAAACCAGCUUCCUGUCCAAGAGUGAUGAUUCCUUCCUCAAGUUCAGUUACCUCACCUUUCUCCCUUCUGCUGAGGACGUCUAUGACUGCAAGGUGGAGCACUGGGGGCUGGACCAGCCCCUCCUGAGGCACUGGGAGCCCGAGAUUCCAGCCCCCAUGUCAGAGCUGACGGAGACAGUGGUCUGUGCCCUGGGGCUGGCCGUGGGCCUCGUGGGCAUCGUCACGGGCACCGUUUUCAUUAUCCAGGGCCUGCGCCCAGCUGGUGCCUCCAGACACCAAGGGCCCUUGUGAGUCACACGCCAGAAGGAAAGGUGCGUUCCAAUCCUAAGAUCAGAAGAGUGGACAUGCUAGGUGACCUGCACUAUUCGCUGGCCAAGUCCAUCCUAUGCCUUCUCUCCUCCAAUACCCCUCCUGUCAUCUCUUCUCUGGGACUUACAGGCGCUGUGUCCUCGCAGAGUUCACAAACCCUUGGAAUUCUCCCCCUCACUCCUGACAUUUUGUCUUUUCUCAGCCGUUAUCUACUAUGGAGAUCCCUAGGAUAUGCUUACAUCCUUGUGAUUCUGAUCUGAUAUCUCAGUGGAAGCAAUAAAUCCCUUUAUGAGGUC